AUCCAACCAACGAAGGCAACGAGUAUUAGCCAAUCAGAGGCAGAGUAGGGCGGGUCAUGCCUUCGCAGGCUUAGGAAACGUAACUUCGCUCCUCCUCCUCCUCCUCAGUGUGUGAGCGAUAGUUUGUGUCUGUAGCUGCCUGUGAUAAUCAGAUCCGUAUGAAGCUGGAGCUGUUCGGUUGGACUUCUGGGCUUAAUGGGGGGAAGUUUGGAGUGAAACGAGACAAGAAGAAACAUUUUACAGGCACGUUAACUGAUUACUUCUCCCUGUCAGACCCUGCGGACCGAGUACAGCGAAUUUGAACUGUUGUAACCGUUAUAAAUUCAGCCGUUGAGCGGCUCAAGCUCGCUGCUGGAUGGGAGUUUAAAACGCUUAUUUUUCUCCUCGAUGGAAGCGAAAAACCCGCCCUGUUGUCAGAGAAGCUGCCAGUGAAACCAGUAAACAGAAACGUCAGAGCUGCCGUAGCUCUCAACACAGUCCCCGGUCCCACCCAGCAGGAAGCCUGAGGAUUUAGUUGGUAUAAAGCAGGAAGCCUUUUUUUAAGUUAAACUCUGCUGCGUCCAGAGCUUUGACUUCAUAGUUUUCUUUCUACCUCAGAGAUGCCCGUCAGUGAGAGGAAACCUUUCGCGCUGGAGUUUAGCGGUAAGAAAUGUGAUCGGGGACAGAAAACGCUCGGCUGACGUACGAAGCCCCGAGCAGUCAAACACGUUGUUUAUUUUUUUGGAUGUCGUUCGCCUGCGGCGCCUUUCUGUCUGGACGACGUCACAGAUAGCAGAGCCAAUGUCUGCCGACAACAGCCCGCUGCCGCCGGCCUCGCUGCAGCCUUUCCCCGCCCUCCCUUCGCACGCUGUCCCGCCCACCCCGUCGCCGUCCCCGAGCCCGCCAGCCACCCUCUGCAGCCGGCUGUCCAACGGCAGCCGGGCGGCCGCCAGCCCCACUAGCUCACGGGGCUCCAUCCAUGGAGUCUCCUUCCUGCUCCAGAUCGGACUUACCCGGGAGACGGUCACCCUCGACCCCGGAGACCACUCGCUGUCGGCCGUCCGGGAGCUCGUCUGCUCCAUCGUGGAUCAGAAGUUCCCUGAAUGUGGAUUUUUCGGGAUGUACGACAAGAUCCUGCUCUUCCGCCACGACCUGAACUCGGACAACAUCCUGCAGCGUCUGACCGCAGCGGAGGAGAUCCACGAGGGCGACCUGGUCGAGGUGGUGCUCUCCGCUCUGGCCACAGCCGAGGACUUCCAGAUCCGACCUCACGCGCUGUACGUUCACUCCUACAAGGCGCCGGCCUUCUGCGACGACUGCGGGGAGAUGCUGUGGGGGCUCGUCCGACAGGGCCUCAAGUGUGAAGGAUGCGGACUGAACUACCACAAACGGUGUGCGUUCAAGAUCCCCAACAACUGCAGCGGGGUCAAGAAGAGACGGCUGUCCAACAUCUCGCUGCCGGGCGCCAUCAUGUCCAUCGCUCGUCCGCCGUCCACCGAGUUCGCCCCGACGCCGCAGGAAGAGCGCCCCCUCCUGGGCGCCGGGAAGCGUAACUCCCUGCUGAGCGGUCGUCCCAUCUGGAUGGAGAAGAUGGUCCUGGGUCGGGUCAAAGUCCCUCACACCUUCUCCGUCCACACCUACACUCGUCCCACCAUCUGCCAGUACUGCAAACGCUUGCUAAAGGGCCUCUUCCGCCAGGGCAUGCAGUGCAAAGAUUGUAAAUUUAACUGCCAUAAGAGAUGUGCGGCCAAAAUACCUCGAGACUGCCUCGGUGAGGUUGACUUUAACGGAGAACCGGCCAGUCCCAGUCUGGACUCGGAGGCGACGAUGGAGGUGGACAACUGCGACGCCAACAGCGACGGCGGCCACAGCCUGGAUGAGCAGGACGACAAGCUCUUCUUCAUCGAGGGGCACGGCUGCACGGACGGCGAGAAGGACGACGAGACGCUCCGAGCUAUCAGUCCGUGCACGAGCAGCAACAUCCCUCUGAUGCGAGUGGUUCAGUCCAUCAAACACACCAAGAGAAAAAGCGCCACCAUGGUUAAAGAGGGCUGGAUGGUCCACUACACCAGCACCGACAACCUGAGGAAGAGACAUUACUGGAGACUGGACAGCAAGACUCUGACUCUGUUCCAGAAUGAAAGUGGAGCCAAGUAUUACAAGGAGAUCCCCCUGUCCGAGAUCCUCCAGGUGGAGCCGGCGCAGGACUUCGGCAGCCUGCCCCAGGGCAGCAACGCUCACUGCUUCGAGGUGAUCACGACCAACAUGGUGUACUAUGUCGGUGAGGACAGUGGCGGCCUGCAUCACAACCCCGCCCUGGCGGCGUCCGGCGUGGGGCGGGACGUGGGCCAGAGCUGGGAGAAGGCCAUCCGACAGGCGAUGAUGCCCGUCACGCCCAAGGCCAGCGUCGGCACCGGGCACAGCCAGGGGAAGGACCACAAGGAAGUCUCCAUCAGCAUAUCAGUGUCCAACUCCCAGAUACAAGAAAACGUGGAUAUCAGUUCAGUGUAUCAGAUCUUUGCUGACGAAGUCCUCGGCUCCGGACAGUUUGGGAUCGUCUACGGAGGUAAACACAGAAAGACCGGCAGAGACGUGGCGAUCAAAAUCAUCGACAAAAUGAGGUUUCCCACCAAACAGGAGAGCCAGCUGAGGAACGAGGUGGCCAUUCUCCAGAACCUGCACCACCCGGGGAUCGUCAACCUGGACUGCAUGUUCGAGACGCCCGAGCAGGUGUUCGUCAUCAUGGAGAAGCUCCACGGCGACAUGUUGGAGAUGAUUUUAUCCAGCGAGAAGAGCCGGCUGCCCGAACGCCUCACCAAGUUCCUGGUCACGCAGAUCCUGGUGGCUCUGAGACAUCUACACUUCAAGAACGUCGUCCACUGUGAUCUGAAGCCGGAGAACGUUCUCCUGGCCUCGGCAGAACCCUUCCCUCAGGUGAAGCUCUGCGACUUCGGCUUCGCUCGUAUCAUCGGGGAGAAGUCGUUCCGCCGCUCGGUGGUCGGCACGCCGGCCUAUCUGGCGCCCGAGGUGCUUCGCAGCAAAGGCUACAACCGCUCGCUAGACAUGUGGUCGGUCGGCGUCAUUAUCUACGUCAGCCUGAGCGGGACGUUUCCCUUCAACGAGGACGAGGACAUCAACGACCAGAUCCAGAACGCUGCCUUCAUGUACCCAUCCAACCCCUGGAAGGAGAUCUCGGAGCAAGCCACAGACCUCAUCAAUAACCUGCUGCAGGUGAAGAUGAGGAAGCGCUACAGCGUGGACAAGUCGCUGAGUCACCCCUGGCUGCAGGAUUACCAGACCUGGCUGGACCUCCGGGAGUUUGAGACGAAGCGAGGCGAGCGCUACAUCACCCACGAGAGCGACGACGCCCGCUGGGAGGAGCACGCCGACGAGAGAGGCCUGCACUGCCCCAAACACUUCAUCAUGUCGCCCAACCUGGACGACAUGGACGAGGACCCCUAGCGGCGCCCGCGCAGGGCGAGACAUUUCCCGCCAGGCAGCGGCCGAUCCGAGGCGACCCUCGACGCUGGCCAUGGAGAUCGCGUCCAAAGGCGGCGCGGCGUGUUCGUGGAGGCGGUCAGGCAGCUGUGUGACGACACUGUGACAAUAAUUCAGGUCCAGAGAAUUUUUUUCAAUUUUCAAAUUUUUUUUUUCCUAUUUCACUGCGAUUUUUCUACAAGCCAACAAACACACCCGGUGAGCCAAAAUUCAACAUUCGAAAGCGUGAAAACGUCUGUACUGCCAGUCGAGCUGCAGAAGGGCUA